GCGCAAUGGCGCCCGCACCAGAUUGCUCCAGGAAUUGUCGCAAGGGCAUGAUGAUCGUCGCCCUGGGCAUCGCCACGCUGGCGCGUGCGGCCGUCCGCGUGGCGGAGGCGGACCAGGGCAGCGGUCUCCCCGCGGACUCCAAGGAGGCCUCCUGCGACGCGGAGCUGCUCGAUGACACCGACAGCCAGAAGACGUCCCUCCUGCAGCAGAGCCGCGCGUUCGUGCUGGACCAGGGCGUGCAGAGGCAGGCGGCGCAGCAGGCCCCGGCGCCGCCGAACUCCACGAGGGCCGCGAAGGUUCAGCUCUACGGCAGCUCGCAGUGCCAGUGCAUCGGCAUAAACUCCGAGGGGACCAUGAAGAUCAGCGUCAACGGGACCACCUUGGACUACCCUCGGGCAACAGGCUCUUCGUGUCAGGCCUGGGACAGCCAGCGGCACCCGGACUGCCAGUCGUCGUCCUCGCCGUCCUGGUGCCGGUCCUCGUGGUGCUACGUCGACGCCGCGAGCUGCGACCUUCGGGGCGCGCAGGCCCCGGAGGUGUCUCUCUACCUCCAAGACGCUCGCUUCCAGGGGCGCCAGCUUUACUACUCCUACGCGACCUGCGGCUCCACCGACACCUGGACCGCGGAUCGCCACGUGGAGCGCCUGCUCCAACCAGAGGGCGGAGGCCGACUGCGGCAGGCUCUCGUCAAAGUGCGCGUGGACUGGCUCGAUGUGCGCCGGGAAGGACCUCGUGGCGAGCAUCUCGGGAGAUCGGGCGGCCCUGCCCGAGGAAUUCGGCCAGGACCGAGAGCUGCGCGUGCAUUGGCUUCACCAGCAUCAGCGGGUCCACUCUCGCUGGGUCUUACGGCCGACGGGACUCGGUGGCGUAUUCUGCUGAUGUAGGCUCGUCGUGCCAGGCGUGGGACAAGAGCACAAACUCCCGGUGCUCUGGAGUCGCCGACGCGUGGUGGUGCAAGCAGUCGUGGUGCUACGUGGACCCGUGCACCUGCACGUCCGCGCGCAGCGUUCCACGGAAGGCGCACCUCCUCCCAGGCGGCGCCACCUUCCGGGGCGUCCCGCUGUUUUACUCGUACGAGACUUGCGGAUCAAUGGACGCUUAUUCCAAGACCAUGAACAAGGAGUCGUGCCCAAGGCAUACGUCGUGGCAUGCGUGCGGGAAGGCCGCGGACAGCUGCUACUGGCACUCCACCAUGGGCUGCGUCAGCAACGUCUUCCGCGAGUCCUGCGGGGUCACCGACCAGAACGCGGGCAGCAAGACCGUCCUCGCGCAAAUCUACCAGGCCGCCAGGAAGGAGAAGGCGGCCAGGCCGCAGUAGGCCGUGAUGCUCGGGGGCCGCGUGUGCCGCAGUGUGUUGCGCGGGGGUCCCCCGAGUGGGCCCCCCCCCGGCCGCGCCAGCGCGUGCCGUGGCGGGCAUUCGAGCAGGGGGCCUCGGGAGCGGGGGGCUCGGCCUGGGGCCCCUCGUGCCGGCGGUCCCCGCGCGGCGCGCUGCGGCUCCGCCGGCGGGGCUGCCCGCGCAGAGGGCUGCUCGCCGGGGUUGGUGGCGGCGUCGGCCUCGUAGGACGAGCCGGCUCAGGCCCAGGACCUGACGGCGUGCUCUUUCCCCCAGUGCCCUCAUGCCCUCACCCCGACUCAAGGGGUGUUCUUUCCCCCAGUGCCCUUAUCGUGUUGGCUCAGGAGCCCUCACAUCAUUAUUGCCGGUACAGGCUAUCUGCGCGGCGGUCCAGUUCGGUUCGACCCAGCAUGGUUUCGCAUGUCGAACAGGUAGGUGCACGCUACUGGUUGCAACUUUGUAGCCUGACUUUGGAACGGGGCAUUUUUUUCCAGAGAUGGCACUCCGGGCCUCUCGCAGCAUAGGCAGUGCCAGUCUGACACGUACGUGUUUGACCAAUGCGUGGGAGAGUGGGCUCCAUCCAGAUGUAUGUUGCUAACUCGUCCAGUUUUUCCCAGCAUCGGCUGCGCUCGACUCAGAAUUCUUUAGCCUUGCGAA